AUGGUUUCACUGGCCGUGGAGCAGAUGUGGUGGAACGAGUUGGGUUCGGCCAUGGUUAUAACUUCUUACGAUUCAGCCACUGGUGUAUUUGGUGGAAAAUACUACAGUAAAGUUGGCGAAGCCGAGAAUUGGUACGUGUUGACUGGUCGCAACGACACAGCAGGGACAACCCUGGGGUGGACAGUAAACUGGAAGAAUUCAAGUCACAAUGCUCACUCCGUAACGACUUGGUCUGGUCAAUUUCAAUUUCCUCCCGACGGGAAGCCUGCUCUAACUACCACUUGGCUACUCACCGCUCAGACCAACCCAGAGGACAACUGGGAGUCUACCAUGGUGGGUUUUGAUCGAUUUUAUCUCACGGAGCCGCCAUAUGAGAUCAAGGAGAGGGCUAAGCUGCACUGCAGAAGAAGUCAUCCAGAAGAAGCUUGA